UCCAUUAUAUAAAAUCCCAACCAUCUCUCCCUUUUCUGCUCAUCCUACUUUCAUUCGAUCAAUAUCAUGGCCAACAAAGAGAUGGAAGUUGUUAAGGGCGUCGAUCUACAAAGAUACAUGGGCAGAUGGUACGAAAUAGCUUCAUUCCCAUCCAGGUUUCAGCCUAAAGAUGGGAUCAACACAAGGGCAACAUACAAAUUGAACGAAGAUGGCACCAUCAAUGUGUUGAAUGAGACUUGGAGUGGUGGCAAGAGAGGAUACAUCGAAGGAACUGCUUAUAAGGCUGAUCCCAAGAGUGAUGAGGCCAAAUUGAAGGUCAAAUUCUACGUUCCACCCUUUCUCCCCAUCAUACCUGUUACUGGUGAUUACUGGGUUUUGUAUCUUGAUGAUGAUUAUCGGUAUGCUUUAAUCGGUCAGCCUUCCAGGAGAUAUCUCUGGAUACUGAGCAGGCAAAACCAUCUUGAUGAGGAGAUAUACAAUCAGCUGUUGGAGAAGGCGAAGGAAGAAGGGUAUGAUGUGAGCAAACUGAAGAAGACGACACAAACGGACCCAGCGCCGGAGACUGACGAUGCACCGGCCGACUCGAAAGGGGUGUGGUGGUGGAAAUCAAUGUUCGGCAAAUAAACAAGAAGCAUUAUUGAAUUUGAUGUUGGUGAGCAAGUAUUAGUGAUAGCAAGUCGUUUGUUUAUUGAAUUUGAUGUUGCAUAGCGUGAAAGAAUGUGGUUGUACAUGUAUUUUACGGUGGUCGUUAUUAAUAUAGACAACUAGUGUUUGGAACGGAA